AUGAUCUACCUUGAAACAGAAAUUAACGCUAAAGAGAAGGAGAUCGCCUUUUUAAAGCAAACUCUCUUUGGGAGAGACAAAGACAUCUCUGAUCUCAAAGAAAAACUGUCCCAGCUAAAACAAACUGUGCAAAGAACUCAAUCUGAUUUUGUCAAGCACAUUGCAUCAAUAGAUGAAAAGCUACAGCAGGUAAGGAAGAACAUUGAUGAGCUCGAGUGUGGCCUUAAUUUUCCUGUCAAGAAGAAUAAAACAGAGGCAGAAGAUUCCCGAAGCAAACCACAAACAUUUAAUUGCAAAGAUUAUUUUGACCUUCAACCGUCAUGGUUUGACACUCUAUCCCAAAACGCUGGAUGUCUUCAAGUUGAAAACGUUCCAGUUAAAGGAAAAGAUCUUGAAGCCAUGAAGAAUGCUAAAUCAAAUUCAAAGGCCCCCACAGCUGAGCCAGCUAAAGGCAAAGAUUAUUUUGACCUUCAACCAUCAUGGUUUGACACUCUAUUGGGAAACGCUGGAUAUCUUGAAGUUACAAACGUUCCAGUCAAAGCGAAUGAUCUUGAGGCCAUGAAGAAUGUCAGAUCAAAUGUAAAGGCCUCCACUGAGCCAGCUAAGGGGAGUCCAUAUUCUUACCAUCACCCAUUAGAUCCUGUUCUGUCAAGCACUGUUUCCAAUGGGAAAAAAAUAGUAAACUGUAAAAUGCCUGUUAUAAGCUCCCUGAGUUCAAACAUUGUCGUAAGACCUUGUAAGGUGUUGGCCAGUAAGACAAUAUACGGAAGUAGGUGUAGUGCUGUUCAGUAA